UGGAGCCAUGAGGGCCGGGCCCAGUCACCGACAUGUGAGCCACUGCCCUAUGCUGUGUUGAUGCCGGUCUGCCAUGCUAGCCUGUCUACCAGGGCCAGGUGACCUGUCCUUUCAGCUUCUUUCUCACACGCAGAUGAACACUGGACUUCAGAAAUGGGACACUACACAGAAAAUGAGAACUGCUCACUACCCUACCCCAGCCGAAUUGGACGCGUAUGCUAAGAAGGUCGCAAACAACCCACUGACUAUAAAAAUCUUCCCCAACAGUGUGAAGGUUCCUCAGCGGAAACACGUUCGUCGUACUGUGAACGGCCUCGACACAUCAGCCCAGCGCUACAGCCCCUACCCGACUCAGGCUGCCACCAAGGCAGGCCUACUUGCCAUUGUCAAAGUGCCAGCCAAAAGCAUUCUCAAGGACUUUGACGGCACCCGAGCCCGGUUGCUCCCUGAGGCCAUCAUGAACCCCCCAGUGGCUCCCUAUGCUACUGUGGCACCCAGCACUUUAACCCACCCCCAGGCCCAGGCUCUGGCCCGCCAGCAGGCCCUGCAGCAUGCACAGACCCUGGCCCAUGCCCCUCCCCAGACGCUGCAGCACCCUCAGGGUAUCCCGCCACCCCAGGCGCUGUCUCACCCUCAGAGCCUCCAGCAGCCUCAGGGCCUGGGCCACCCUCAGCCUAUGGCCCAAACCCAGGGUUUGGUCCAUCCUCAGGCCCUGGCUCACCAGGGUCUCCAGCAUCCCCCCAAUCCCUUGCUACAUGGAGGCCGGAAGAUGCCAGACUCAGAUGCCCCCCCGAAUGUGACCGUGUCUACCUCAACUAUCCCCCUUUCAAUGGCGGCCACCCUGCAGCACAGCCAGCCCCCGGACCUGAGCAGCAUCGUGCACCAGAUCAACCAGUUUUGCCAGACGAGGGCAGGCAUCAGCACUACCUCAGUGUGCGAGGGCCAGAUCGCCAACCCCAGCCCCAUUAGUCGCAGUCUGCUCAUCAAUGCAAGCACCCGGGUGUCGACCCACAGCGUCCCCACACCAAUGCCUUCAUGUGUGGUCAAUCCCAUGGAGCACACCCACGCGGCCACCGCCGCACUGCCUGCCACAGGCCCUGUCAACCUGCCCACAGGCAUCUCCCGAGCCCCCACUGGCUACCCUAGCGACCUCAAGCCACCAGUCGCCUGGAACCAGCACCAGCUGGCCCACCUACAACAGAUGUGCAGCGAGGCUGGUGGGACGCCAGCCCCUGGCCUGACAGGCAAGCAUGGAGCAGGACGUGAGUUGGCAGGGCCUGGCUUUGUGGGCAAGGCUCCUGCCUACCCGCAGGAACUCUGCCUGGCACAGUCCUUCCAUCUGAAGCCACCCCUGGAGAAGCCGACCCCAUCCCCACCAGUCAACGGCCUGGCAGCCCCACUGGCCUAUCCCAAUGGUCACUACUUCCAACCCCUGUGGAACAACAUUCUCCCCACUCCCAAUAGCGACAGCUCGGGGUCUCAGGACCUCGCCAUGCCGUUCCAUGGUGGGCAGCCUGCAGGUGCACCCCUCGACUGUGCCGCAGCUUCUGGGGCCCACUACCGAGCAGGGACCGGGGGCGGUCCAGUGGCAAGCCAAAACAGCUUGAUGCAGACAGUGGAUUAUCUAAGUGGGGAUUUCCAGCAGGCCUGCUUUCGAGAACAGAGCCUGGCUAUGCUGAGCAAGGCCCACCGAGCCCCUGGCAGCCGAGCCCCAGACCCCACAGAUAGUCGAAGUCUUCAUAUUCAGCAUCCAGGGUAUAGAUAGGUAGGCCUGGUGCCCUCCACGAGCAACACAGCAUACAUCACCCUCCUAGGUUUAGUCUUACUUCUAAGUGACUGGAUAGUUUCCAAGUUUCACCGCUCCAAUGUGAUCAUUCGUAGAUAUCUAAGGGGAUUUGGCGAGAUCUAAAUUGGGGACAGAGGGGGCCUCUCAUCUUCCCCACCAGCAACUUUUGGUUUUGUAUUAGAUCCUAAUUCCAACCCCAGGCUUUUCUCUCUGCCACCUGCCAGUCUGUCUCCACAUGACCAUUGCCAGCCAGUCUCUUCCCAUCUUUUCUUGAACCUCCUGUCCCUUAGUGAGGUGUGAACUGAGGUGGGCCCUAGGUGGGCAUUUCUUUUUUUCUGUCUCUCUUAGCUAGACUUCCCAAGUGCUCUGGAAGCUAAUUCCUUAUUCAUUCCAAAGACCUCAGAUCAGAACUGACCCAGACUUCAUCUCUGAACUUUUUCAUUCCUCAAGGCUUUGUUUUGCAUCUAUAUCUAUCCCAGAGCCACUGGCCUUUGUCCUUGCCACACAGCCUCAGGGCCUCCUGCAAGGAAGUGGCCGUAGCCUUGAGACAUGGGAAAAACGUCUGUCCUUCUCAUCUGUCCUGCUUUCUGACUCCCAUUUCUGGGCUUAGAGAAACGCAGUGGCCAUCCAGCAUAUUAGACCCAGAUCCCUUUCUCACUGUUGGCUCUGCCCUGAGUUACCUGCUGCCCUCAUCUCUACUUCCUGCUCCCCUCCCCCUACACACACACAAAAGAACCAGGCAAAACAAACAGACUACCUUACUUGAGUUAGGUAAGGGAUGAUCACAUUGGAGUUUGGAAUUUAAAACACCAAAAAAAAAAAAAAUGUUAAAAUGCAUUUGGUUCUCUCUACACUGGCUAAGAAUAUUGCUCUACACUGUAAGUUUUAAACGUCGUUUCUGUAUGAAUGUGGUGUGGGUGUGAGUAGCCUUGUGUGUGAGUGGCCCCACAGGUACAUUCGCCCUCUAGUCGCUCCCUUUUGCAGCCCUUCAGUUUAAUGAAGAAAGGAAAAAACACAAAGCCUUAAGCUCUUUGAAUUCUUCCUUUACCAAAUGAGCAUGAUUCUAACAGCUGGAGAUGGGCCUUCAUGGGAAACAGCCCCUCCUACCCUGCCUGUUCUUAGCACACACCCAUCCACCCUCCCCCAUGCCCACUGUGUCUCACUCCCAAGUGACCAUUAGUCCGCUAGAAAUUGAACGCUUUUCUGUAACUUAGACUGUUUUGUUAAAACUUUUUGCACCCUUCUGUUAAAGAUGCACAACUGGGCUUUUUUUUUUUUUUUUUUUUUUUUUUAAAAACAGGUAAGCCAUUACCUUUCCUCUCCUCUCUGGGGAAUGUGAGCUGAUGAUCUUAUUUUAAGAUUUUGGGUUGUGUUUACUAUCUGCUUGUUCUUUAGCCAGAAAUUCUCUAGUGAUCUGAAGCAAUGUGACUGAAAACCAGUUCUUAAAUUAUGUGUUGGCAAGUUGCCUUAUAUUUAAAAAAAAAAAAAAGAAAAAGAAAAAAAUGCCUGAUUGUGUUAUGCCAAAAGAUAGCUACAUGAAGUCCUAAUUUAUUGUUCCCCGUUGUUUUCCUGCUGUCUGUGAACACUGGUACCUCCUUGUCCUUGAGUCCUCAGAAGCACCUGCAGCUUCUGGUGUAAUGCCUUCCCCCAUGGUGUCGGCCACCAUCUCACCCAGGGCCCCUUUUCAGUAUCUGCUUUUCUGAGUCAGAUUUAAAGAACACCGCUGUCUCCCUUAUCCUUUGCUUGAUCUCCAAACCAGAUAGUCUUGCUGUAACCCCACUCCCCACCCCCCUUGCCUGUCCCUAAGAGGUGAGCUGCCAUUUUAGGGAAUUGGACCAGUCACCAGCUUGGGGACUCUUAAAUGAAACCACCUCAAACCCAGCUCUUCCUGUGUAGGGGUGUAAGUCUCUGAAGCUCUCACUCCCACCCCUAGUCUGCAUGGAAAAUGUACUGUGACCCUCCUACCCCCACCUCAACUGCCCUUGCCUUUGGUGUGAGAUGUUUCCUAGUUCAACCUGAGUCCCUCUCCUGCUCUGCCAGCCAAGCCCCAACCAGCAAUAAGGGUCCAAGCCAGGGCCUCCUCUUCACACUCCCUGCCUCCACCCCACACUGUCCCUAGGGGCUCCCUGGACUCCCCUCUUUAUCCAUAUACUGUAGAUUCACGCUCCAUCUCUCUCACCUCGUCACCUGUGGUGGUUUAUGGUGUGAUGGGGUUUUUAAGAUUAUUAUAAACCAGUAAAAAAAAAAAAAAAAUC